AUGCCUGGCGCAAGCGUCGCAGUCCUCCCGCCCCCCGCGGCCUCGACAUCGUCCUCUCGAAAGGCCUCACUGGCACCAGAGCGCAAGUACAAAUGCCAGUUCUGCAACAGGGCCUUUAGCAGAAGCGAACACCGAAGUCGACACGAGAGAUCACACACCAAGGAACGACCUUUCAAGUGCAUGAAGUGUAGAAGUACCUUUGUGCGUCGCGAUCUUCUCCUCAGACAUGACCGUACCGUUCACGCCAAGGAUGGCGGCAUCCCCCUCCACAGUGAUGGUAAGCGCCGGGCCGGUCCCAAGACCCGUGCCAUCAACGCCCCUUCCAAGUCAUCCAUCGCCAUCGACACCUCAACACUGGAGCAGAUGGAAGCCGGAAACGAUGGGAUCUUCGAUGUCGAGGCUGCUGCCAUGCUCGUAGCCGACCUUCACCACAAGGCCACUGCCGCUAUGCGUGGUGACGAGAGCUCCUAUGAGGGCAGCCCGUCCAUGGCAUACUCUCCUCAUAGCUCCUGCAUCAUGGAAUCAACCGUGACGUACCCAUCCGGUGCCAUCGCCUUGCCCCAGGUUCAGUGGGAGGGCUUCAUGCCCCAGUCCGUGACCGAGCCCAAGGCGCACUCCAUCACCUCGAGCGCCUCAGGAUCAUUCGAGUCCCAACAGUCCUUUGCUAGUGGAAGCACUUUACAACCCCAUUCCAACCAGCUUGCUCCUAUCGGCGGACAGAGCUGUAACGGCCUCGUGCCUGCUCUCCAGUCUAUGAUCAACUCAUUGCCCAACUCUGCCGCUGGAACACCGAUGCCGCCCAGCCCCUGGAAUGCCGAGUCUUCCCAAGCCGGCUUCAAGGCCCCCCAAGUUUCUAGCGAUGAUGAGCGAAACGCUAUUCUGGACCAUAUCCGCAGCAAUGACAGCGAGCACGCCAUCCCGGAGGGCUUCCGUCUCCCAGGUCUGGGCUCCCUCAACCGAUACCUGUCAACCUACUUUGGCCUCUUCCACCACCACCUUCCUUUCCUGCACCCAACCUCAUUCAACGCCACCAAGGUCUCGCCUCCUCUUUUACUGGCGGUCCUGAGCAUCGGUGCUCUCUAUGCCUUUGACCAGGACCAGGCCUACAUGCUCCACAUUGGCUCCAAGGUUCUUGUCAAUCAGUUCCUUCAGAACAAGGAGAACUUCAGCUCUCGCAAAUGCCCUCUUUGGACAAUGCAGAGCUCCCUCCUUAACAUGAUCUUUGCCAGCUGGAGUGGUGACCCCAAGGGCCUGGAGUGGGCGUGUUCGAUUAAGAGUCUGCUCGCCAACAUGGUCGCUGGUAACCGGUAUGAACUUAAGCUUCGUCAGGAGGCUCGUGGAACUGCCAAGCCUAGUCGCUCAGAGUGGGUUGAGGAUGAAGGUUGCCGACGCACUUACUACGCAGUUUACAUCUUCUUUGGUCUGCUAACAAUGACGUACAACCACACCCCGGCCAUCAGCUUCAACGAGUUUGAGGAUCUCCAGCUGCCCUCCACCGAGGCACUGUGGAACUUGCAAGUCUCUGACGAUGUAGCAUGGCACGAGCAACUCAAGGGCUCCGUCGCCGUGACAUUCAUGGAAGCCCACGACAAUCUCUUCCAAGGCGAGACUCUUCGAUACAGCGCUUUUGCGGCCCGUGUCAUGAUCAACGCCCUCUUCCUUGAGGUGUGGUACCACAAGCGCAGCCCUGAGGCCCUUCAAGACGUUGUUACCGAGUACAAGCUGCGACUCGCAUUGGAGACGUGGGAGAAAUCUCUCGAACUUUGUGAGCCUGAGGCUGUUGCGGUUCCUCUCAGUGCCCCUCACAAGGGCCACCCACUUCUCUUCAACGCCAAGGCCAUGUACCGAAAUGCCCGUACCCGCCUUGAGGUGGACCUGAAGGCAGUGCAGGAGGCUAUGCGUUACCAUGACCCGUAUGAGGUUGCGGCUGCCAUGUCGAAUGCUCGAGAUCGCGUAAAGCGCUCGAGUGAAAUGAUCAAGGUCAUUGAAGAGUGCUACAACUGCAUUGAGACUGCUGUCUUGCAAGGUGUCCGUUGGGUCGCCCGUACAUCGCCUACCAACUGGAGCGUGGAGCAUCCGCUCUGCGGGAUGGAUCUUAUGAUCGUCCUGUCGUUGUGGCUGUAUCGUCUGGAACAUGACGAGGAGCCUGCGACCCAGGAGGAACUGGCCAUGUACAACAAGGUCCGCCAACUAUUCGUCAAGGAUCUGGACGAGAACUAUAUGUCGCAGCUGAGCUCCGUUGUCGCCCGACUGUGGGGUUCGAUGCUCGACGAAGUUGUAGUUUGGGGAAUUACGAGACUCAUGGGCGAGUCUUUUAAGCUCCAUUCUCAGGCCCUCGUCGGCUAUGUCGACGACCCUGAAGCAUCCUCGAAUGUCUCUACCCCCUCGAUGACCUCGCAGGGGGCAGACGAGGAUAGCGUGUAUUAA